GCGGUGGAGACACCGAUCCAGGCGACGACUUCUCGAUCCAUCUGUUCCUAGAGAUAUUUCGUGUUUCCUCUAAAACAAAUCGAUUCAUUGCACAAGCCAUAAUUGCUUUUGGAAAUCCAAGUAAUUUCCUAGCGCAAGUUCAACCGAUCUACGAAUUAUGCCUGAGCUGGCUCUCUCUCACGAGGAGGACAAGGAAGAGGAAGAGGAGGAAGACAGUGAUCUGGAGGACACCCCCCUAGACCCCUCUGAUGUGCUACGAUUUGUUCAAAGUGUCUGCAACGUUGAACCUGCCAAGAGGUUAAACUUGAUGAGAGAUGCCUUAGGUGUUCCACCCAAACCCCGUGACUGGCCCAACAUCACUCUACUCCCCGAGUCGUCCAGACAUCGGAGACAUGUGGGUGACCUUUACUGGCACCAGACCUACCAGAUGAACCAACUCUCCGAGACUUGUUUGCCGCCUAUGAGGUAUACUCAAUGUUGUGACCAAUCCUCAGUUGGGCAGCAACGGUGCUUUCACAAGCCGCGCCCUAUGCUCCAAAUCUUCUCUACCAGGGUGCAGCUGGCAGAUUACCCUGGUCCAAUCGAGGUGUACGGUUGCAUCGCGGUCCGAGACUCCGAGGAUUAUCGCCGCAUUUAUCUUUUCAACCGAUCCCGAGAUGACCCGCUCACUAUCAAUUCGGCUAGCGAUUAUCUGCGAUUGUUGAGCCCCAAAAGAGGCAUGUCCAUGCAAUUUGAUUGCCUAGUUGAAGUUGAUAUCAGAAUAAAGGCAUUGCCGGGUGAUACAAAUGACAAAAUUUUAGUUGAUGGGUGUUUUGACCUAAUCGAGGGACGGGCUACUUUCGACGUGCUCUCUAGAAGCGUGGUGGAAGGUGAACAUGGUGCUAUUGUUUUUAAUCUGAUCAUGUUUCGGAGAAGCGUCGAGGCAACCAUUCAUAUGAACUUCUUGGAAGUGCCCGGAGAUGGGUUUGAUAUAAAGAUGUGUGGGUUCACUGCCAUUUGGAAGAGUCUGUAUGCUUUCAUAGACUGCGAACAAUGCGAGUGUGAUAGCUUCGUCUCCUCCAUCGGAAAAUUCACACAGUAUUUUGUAGCGGCUGUGCAGAUGGAUGAUACACUGUUUAUCGAUUUUAUGGAGGGGAAUAUGCCAAUCUCAUUUGAAGCAGCUAUUCAUGGCACCGAGGAAAAAUUAUAUUAUUUUCGUAAUGGUGCUGUGGUGUCUGUAAAGGUGUCUUGGUCGACAGCCCACUAUUAAGGAAUACUAUUAUUUGAGUUCAAUUAAGUACUCUUUGCAGCCAGGAAACUAUAGGAACUUGGACAACAAGAAUUGUGCUUGUUGAUGUACUCCCUCUGGUCCAUAAAAAAUGCCGGGCUUCAAAUUUAAACUAAAACCCCGGCACUUUUUAUGGAUCGGAGGGAGUACUACUUUACAACAUGUUGAAUCAAGUUUCCGUUUUAGAACACUUGUUGCCAAGUAAUUUAUCAGUGUUUAACCUUUUAUUU